ACUUGUUGCUGGCUCCUCCGGACGCGUUGAUCUCACACAGCGCCAAGAAGCGGCAGAGCGGAGUGUGUCUGUGAAUCGAUCCCAAGUGCACUCAGACCACACCAGGGCACGGAACGGCACGGCUCGGUGCACGGAGGGGACGCACACUUUAGGAGCGAAACGCAGUGAAAGGACUUAAAGCAAAAAGAGCUUCCAUGCGAGACUCAUGACCGGCAGCGGGUGAAGGAUGCUGUCAAGCCGCUCCGGGGUUGUGGAGUGCGGGUAGUGCGGGUAGUGCACGCCGCGCUGCUCCCGGUUCAGGUCGCGUAAACGGACGCUCCGGUGCUCCGGUGCCCGCAGGGUUGGAGACCCCGUCUUUGUGGACUCACACUGGACUUUUGGCUACGUGCUGCCCAGCAGAGAUUUUGAAGGACAUCAGUGGGCAGUAUUUAUUUAAAAGAUAUUUUUCUCCCCUCAAAGCUACAAAGAUAGUUUGAACCAAACGGCUUUUUUCCCCUUGUUUCAAGUAUGGGACCUUAUACAAAAACAAAAAAGUCGCUCUGGAACAUUUGACAUUGGACUGGAAUAAUGAAUUAGUUGACAGAAAUUGUUCUAUUCCCUUUUUUGAUCGCUCCGAUUCUUCUGCGCUCUCCUAUUUAGAUUUUUUUUUUUUUGGCGACAUGUUUUUGUGCCAUGUUCGCCCCUGAAGAAAUGCGCACAGAAAAACUUUGGAAUAUGGUAGGUCAUCCGUGCAGCAAGUUAAUUACCAGUGUUGUAUAUGUGUUCGCUUAGUCAAAGACAAACACAAGAGCAGUCAAGUGCACGCUAUAAUACGGGAGCAGGGACACAGUUUACGUGCGUAUUUGGACACAGUCUGUCCUCUAUAGCUCUCUCCUCCGCGUCCUUAGAGAAGUUAAAAAAACCCCAAUUGAUUCGCAAUCAGAACUUAUUUGGUGAGUUUUAACAUUUAAGUCGAUAAAGCAGUUUGAUUAGUAGGCUGAUACAAACAUUUGAAUAGUUCUCAUAGCCUAUCUUCCUUUUUUUUUUUUUUUUUUCUUUUGGGGACAGACGGAAAAACAGACCGAUGUCUGGCAAACUGGCCGUCAUGUGGGAUUGAUUGCAGGGGAGUAUGUUUGGGCUGGAGCAGUUUGGUUCUCAGAUUAAUAGCAGAAACCCUGGCCAGUCAGAGAGAAACAUAAACCAACCGAGGCUGAACAUGGGCUCGCAUUAUAAAGGCCCAGGUUUUCACGCUGGAGGCCCGCCGGGGGCCGUGGAGCCCGGCAUGGGCCCUCUGAACGAGCCGCAAAUGCUUGGGCUCAAUAUGAACAUGAACGGAGAGCAGUACGGGGGCUUCCACCCGCGGGGCCACUCGGACAUGCAUGCAGGCAGCGGACUCCAGCAGCAGCAGCAGCAGCAGCAAGGACCCAUGCAUGGAUUUUUUAACAACCAGCAACCUCAUCAAGGACAUCCUCACGGCCAUCACCCGCACCAACCUCACCCUCAUUUCAGUGGGAGUUUUGGAGGCCCAGAGCCGGGCUCAUCAUGCCUGCAUGGUGGCAGGCUAAUGGGCUACAACAACAAUGGCAUGGGACCACAGCAGGGCUUUGGAGAAGGAUUUGAUCCUCUUGCUGAGGGGCAGGCCGGGGAUGGCUUUCCCCAGCAGCAGCAGCAGCAGCAGCAGCAGCAGCGGCCUGGGAACAUGCCUGACUUUCAACAUCAUGGGCCUCCCAGUGGCAGCCACGCUGUCCCCGCUCCCUGUCUCCCCCUGGACCAGUCGCCCAACAGAGCAGCAUCCUUCCACGGCCUCCCUUCCUCCUCAUCCUCCUCCUCGGAGUCUCACGGCUUGGAGCCUCGGCGCAUGCCCAACCAGGGAGCUGUCGACGGAUUAGAGUAUAACUUCCCCAGCGAGCCUCCAUCUGGACAUUUUGAUGUACAUGUAUUUUCCCCAUCAGAAUCAGAAUCUCAGUUACCCCAUUUUGGGCCAGGGAGGCCAGUUCCCGGUGGUAAUUUCCCAGGGAACCCUGGCAUGCCACGGACAACAGGUAUGCCGGGCAUCUCUAAGGGCCACCAGCCGCCUCCGCAGCCUCCGCAGCCUCAGCAGCAUGGAGUGUUUUUUGAGCGUUUUGGAAACGGCAGGAAGGUGCCCGUGGGAAUGGAGCCGGCGGUCAACGCAAGACAUCCUCUCAUGCAGCAGCAGCAACAACAGGCUGGCUUAAUAGCCAGGCAGAAUUCAUGCCCCCCUGGCCUCCCCCGACCCCCUCAGGCUGAGCCCGGCUCCACUAACCCCAACAUUCUGGAUGGAGGGGUCAUGAUGCCUGGCCAACACAACCAGUUUGAAUAUCCCAUUCACAGACUGGAAAAUAGGGGUCUGCACCCCUAUGGGGAUCCCAUGUUUAAUAUGCAACAGCCCGCUCCUCCUCCCUCCCAGCAGCCCCCCAACCAGAGGCUGCAACACUUUGACUCUCCCUAUAUGAACAUGGCGAAAAGGCCAAGGUUUGACUUUCCCAAUGCACAUGGCGGUGAAGGCUGGUGUGCUGGUGGUGGGAUGGAAAACCACCUCUCUCCCUCUGCCUACCCCGGCCUGUCUGGAGAGUUCACCCCACCUGUGAAUGAAGGUUUCCCCCCAGGUCCGCUGCAGCACCCGGGGCCUGAGCAGCAGUCUCUGCAGCAGCGGCAGAACGCAGCCAUGAUGAUCAAACAGAUGGCCUCUCGCAACCAGCAGCAGAGGAUGAGGCAGCCCAGUCUGCAGCAGCUGGGUCACCACGGCGAAGUGCCUCCUGGCCCAAUGGCUCACGGAGGCCCGGUGGGGAACAUGCCUCAACCCAACUUUGACAGGGAGAAUGUCGGCAGGAUGAACAUUGAUGGACAAAAUCCUCAUGUAGCUCAGGAGAACUCCUGGUUCCAGGGGUCCCACCCACCGGGGGAGAUGAUGUCACGGCGUAUGGGUGGAGCGGGGAAUGAACCUGGGCCUCACGACAUGGGGCUGCAGCAGAACGGGGCUGGGAUGAUGUUUAGGCCAGGCAUGGGAAUGCAGGAGCCCAUGAGAAUACCAGGAGACGGACAUGUACAGGCUCUCCAUUCCCCGGGUAUGCACUCACAAUUCAACGUGGGCAACAUCUCUCAAAUGCAGUCUCCAGGAGCAGGGACGGGGCAUCCGAAUGCACCGGCGGAGAGGCGGCCAGCUGACUUCCCCGCACCCCCAAUGGGAGCACAGCCAACGUUCCCCUAUGGAGGGGGUAACCGUCAGGGGCCGGGCCACAGUGCUCCCCAGGGGGUGAACACCUCACCAGGGAGCUACCCUCCUCAGUCUGAGUUCCCUCCAGGCCAGCGGUCGUCUGUUAGUAAGCUGGGAGCUCUGUCCCUUGGGAACUUCAGCAAAACCAGCACUAAAGACAGUGUUUUCGGCCAGAGCUGCCUGGCGGCUCUUUCCACGGCCUGCCAGAACAUGAUCGCUAGCCUAGGGGCCCCGAAUCUUAACGUAACAUUCAACAAGAAGAACCAAAAUGAGGGCAAGCGAAAACUGAGUCAGACGGAGCAGGACAUUAAUAGCAGCACGUCGAAUGGGACUGGCAGUGCUGGAGCUGAAUAUUUUCAGAGCAGCACUUCCCAGAACAGCCAGAUGCCUGGCACUGGGAAUAGCAACUCAAAGCCUCCAAGUCAAAGCCAGCCGGUGCAGGGGGAAGCCAGUGCCCUCUCCCCAAACUACAACAUGGACGCUACCCCGUGCAGUGAGGGGAAGGCAACAACAGGGAGUGGGAGAGGGAGAGGGAGGAGAAAAAGAGACAGCGGACAUGUGAGCCCUGGAAUUUUUUUUUCCCCUGACAAUGGUAACCCUGUUGUAAGUCCAGGCCAGCAGACCCCCUCUGCUGGCGUUGGGGAGAGGGGUGGGGGCACGCCCCACGAGAAACACCUCCAGUCACCCUCUUGGGGGAAAGGAGGCGACCUAAUGUUGGGGGACCAGGCCGACCUGAUGUCUUCUUUGGACAGUGGCAUCCAAAGUGUCGCCAAAUCUGACAGCAGCUCGCCGCGAGUGGACUUUCCUGACGAUGUCAGCACCCACUACGGCAACGAGGACGAGGUUUCCUCCAGCUCAGACGCUGCAGGGGCCUCGGCCAACAAGCCUAAUCGCAGCCCUAUGAUCACCGGCUCGCCCAAAAUGCAAAGGAGCGAGCACGGGUUGAUAAAUGGACAGAAGCCCCUAGGCAUGGGCAUUACCAAUCACACUACCUCGACGCCAGACGGCUACGGACUGAACGCUGGCGGGGGCGCAGGGGCCAGUGGGGUGAGCCACCCGGGCACUCCCGGGGUGGAGCAGGUACGCACACCAUCCAGCACCUCUGGCCAGGAUGAAAUCCACCCUCUGGAGAUCCUGCAGGCCCAGAUCCAGCUACAGCGCCAGCAGUUCAGCAUCUCCGAGGACCAGCCCCUGGCCAUGAAAAAUGGCAAAAAGAAUGGUGACUGUCCGUCACAGAACGGAGACAAUGAGCUGGUGAGCUGCAGCCCGGAUGCUGGGAAGGGCUCAAUGGGCACUAUUGACCUUGACACCCUCAUGGCAGAGCAGCACGCCACCUGGUACGUGCCCAGUGACAAGGCCAUGAUGGACGGGUCGGAGGAUGACAAGGCCAUGGGACCAUGGGAAAAAAAUAAGAGCCAAAACAACAGCAAAGAAGAAUCGGAGCUGUCCCAGAGUAAAGCUGGAACCGGGGCCCCAGGAUCCGGAGCCGGGGCCGGAGGGGGAGGGGGAGGGGGAGGGAGCAGCGGAGGGAACCACCUGCAGUGCCUGUCCGUCCACUGCACAGACGAGCUGGGGGACAGUAAGGGCCGAGGGGGGCCCGUCUCGUCCUGGCGCUCGCUCCACUCCGACAUCUCCAACCGGUUUGGGACAUUUGUGGCGGCACUGACUUGAACAGAAAGCCGGCCCAGCAGGAAGAAGAAAACAAGAAGAUUAGGACGUUAAGACGAAGAAAAGCUUCAGAGACAAAUAACGAAAUAACGAUGAGAAGAAGGAGGAUGAUGAUGGCGAUAAAGUGUUGAUGAGGCAACUGCGAGCAGCUCCUGCCUGUUCAGGGACAGAAAGACAUUUACACUCAUAAAAACAAACACAUAGACACACACACACACACACACACACACACACACACACACACACACACACACACACAUACAUACAUGCGAAUACCAUGUUUUUUCUGAUACUCAGUCACACUUUAGGACAAUACAGUACAGUGCUCUGUGGGCUCUACUCAACAAUGCCCAACAUCUGGGAAAACCUCAACUCAAUAUUUUUUUUUUCUUCUUUUAUUUUCUUUGUUGAAGAAAAAGAAAGAAAUGUCAAAGGAGGAGGAUACAAAAACCAGAAGAAGCAGAAGACGUAGAACAGAUAUUCAGUUGUCAUUGGCUUUGAUUGUAUACCAGCGUUGAAUCAGUUCUGGUUACAGCUCUAAUGUCUACAUUAUCCCUCCAAUUAAAAGCAUAUGUACUGUUUGCUGCCCACAUACAGUGGUUCCCAAAGUGGGGUCUUCACUAAUUAUUAUUCCAUCGAUAAGUCAUGGCAAUGACAGAAUGUAUGACUUUUGUGCUCAUGGGUUUCAUACACUUUCUGUAAUAAAACACCUUGCAAAGAAAAACCACCAGCACACUGUCUAAUAUGCAAAAAUAAAUUGAAGAGCUUGCAACGUUUCGGUACUAGACCAUCAUCAGGCAAAUGGUGUUACAUACUGAGAAGCCAUCUUUUGUAGGAGGUGAUGGUUUGACUGCACCUAUCACCAACUUCCACAUGAAAUGGUACCGAAACGUUGCAAGCUUAUACAUUUUUUGUGUGCAAGUUAGACCAUGUACGUGAGUUUUCUUCGCAACUUUUGACCUACGCGUGCCCCUUCCGACGCACCUGUCUCACGUUAUAGAUGUGCAAAGUAUUUUUCUGUUCUGUAAUAAAAAAAAAUAAAAACAUCUAAAAGCAACAACAAAAAUCAAAUAAAAUGGGGGUCCGUGGACUAAUUUGUGUCAGUUUAGGGGUCCUUCACGUGAAAAAGUUUGGGAACCACUGGACUUUUAUACACAGUUUCAAUAGAAGUGGCAGAACUAGAGGAAGAUAGGAAGAGGGGUGAUUUUGCAUGAAUGUAACUCAACUCUUUUUUUUUUUUUGUUUCUGUGAACACAACUUUUCCCUCCUUGUCAAAGAAAAUGUAAACCUUUAUCAUUUGCUGCUCUCUUAAUCAUUCACGAUUUGUUGUAUUUCUCUAUUCUUUAUUUUGACAACAAUAACUUCCCCUCAUUCUGUUCUUUUUCCUCGCCUCUACUAUCGACCUUAUGAGCUCAACCGCUUGCAUACAACUCAGCCAAUGCGAACUGAAGAAUGGAGGUCAAGGGAUUGUUUAAUAAGGGAAUUGAAAAAAAAAAAAGACUAUUGGUAUUGCACAUGUAUAAUAAGAGAAAAUUUGCUGUGUGUUAGGCAAUCUUGUAAUCUUUAAAUAAAGCUUCUGUUGACUUUGAAUUUCUGAAACAAUAGAUGGAGGACUGUGACGGCAAUUUACGAACUGAUUUCUUUUGGUUUUUUUUGUUUUCUUUUUUUAAUAAUAUGUAAAGUGCAGUCGUCUGUUUUCCUGCAUAUUGUAUAUAUCUGUAUAUGUUUUAUUGAGUAACUAAAUAACAAUAAAUAUGACGUUAAAGGUG